AUGGACGUUAUAUCACUUAAAGAAGUCGAUGAAUAUGAAGAUAUCCUAGAAAACAAUUUAAAUUCAUCGAAUGUCGAAAGAUUCAACAAACGACUAGAAUUGUAUAGAAUUCAUUCGAAUGAUUGCAAAAUAAGAGUGGAUCAAACCACAGAGCACAUACACGAGCAACAGCUUAAUGAAAUAUCUCUGCUUCAAAAUAAACCGAAGGAACAGAAGAAGAAAAGAACGAACAAAAAAGGAUUAACGAAACAAAUUGAACUUAAUCCGACUUUAAUGAAAAAUCAGCAACGGCUGUGUCAAUCUUCGCAGCAGCAAACACCUACAUUGAAAAAUCCAAUCCAAUGUGGUGGUCAGAAAAUCGAUUAUUUACAUCAGAGCAUCUACGAGCAGCAACAAAGUAUUCAAAUGCCUUGCGUGAGUGACAUUUAUAUCAAGCAAGAGCAAUGUUUCAGUCCUGAAAUUGAAUUUGAGGAUCUUGACUUCAAUGGAAUGGCAAAUUUAAUGAAUCAUCCUGUCGGUCCGGAACUAUUAAAAUUUGAUGAGAAUAUACAGCCACAACAACAAGUGUCAUCAUAUUCUGUGCCUCAAUAUUCACAAUUUGAUCAUCAAAGUAAAUAUAAAAGUGUUUACUUUAAUCCCAACUAUUUCCCAUAA